AUGUCUAAGUUACAGGAAGACGUGAUCAGUUUGGUAGAAUUCAAGUCUCCAACACGCUUCAACCCACGACCAAGAAGCAAUCGAGUCGGUUCGCCUUCAGUUCAAUCGACUUCGUCACGAAGCCAUGACGAAAUAGCCAACUUAUUCUCGGUCAAAACAGACGCGACACACAAAAAAUUCGACAAACAAGUGUCGGAUGAUUUGGAAAGCCUUCCCACGACCGAACUGUCCGACGAUGUGUUCGUUGAUUCCGUGCCACAACGAACAAAAUCGUACAGGGACAAGAUCCGAGAACGGUUCAAUGUGGUCAAAAGCAAAGCGGGCACGACGAAUAUACGAGUCGGAUCCAAGAGCGGGAGCAGGGAGAAGCUACUCGUUCAAAGGAUGAGGAAGGAGAGUGGUGAUCUGGAUGCCGAAAUCGAGAGUGUCAGGCAAAGGUUCAGUUUAAACAAGAGAACCUACUCUGAGACCAGGUUCUUUUCCGACCAAAAAUCACCACAGAAAAAAACGGGUGAGGAGGGAAAAGACGAACAGGACGAAGAGAAAUCUGAGGAUCUAAUUUUUGGACAAAUUGGAGAACAAUAUGAAACACAUUUGAAUGAAUCUUAUGAAAAAAAUAUUUUCGUACCAACCAGCAAACCCCUUGAAAUUAUUCGUAAGCUAGCGGACGAAGAACCUAGAUAUUUAGAGGAAGAAGGUUUAUUUAAAUGUCAAAGAAAGAACGUAACAAAAAGCCACAUAAACCUUCUAGAACAACGUUUAUUAUCAGUAGAAGAUAAAAAAUGGUUUAAUUGUGAAGGAGAAUUAAUUUUGCAAGAAAGUCCUUUACUGAACACAUCGUUGCGUGAAAAGAAAUUCAUAGAUGACCCAAAUAUUGCAACAUUUACAUUGCCAUCAAGUAAUAUAGAUUGUACCGAAGUUGUGACUAUCGCAGAUUACAAUUUAGAAGUAAUCCUUGACAAACUCGAAUUCGAACAUCAUCCUCUCUUCAGUCUCGAACACGUGUUUGAAAAACGAUUAAAAAAAUUGUAUAAUGAUUAUAAAACAAUCACUGAAAAUAACAGUUUGUCGAGGGUACUAAGAAAAAUCGACGCAAUACGACAAAUAAAACGUAACUUGGCUAAAAUUGAAGGCGAAAAUCUAACGCAAAUCAGUAAACACACCCAAGAAAUUAAAGAAUUACGAAACCUCGCAUACGAAGAAGGUAAAGCAGCUCGUAACAACAUCCGCGCAAUUUUACAAACCUGGAAAGCCAUAAAAAAAAUCAGGGAGGUAAAAGGUCACAGCAACACCUCGAUAAAAUUAUCAAUUAAAAAGGAAUCCGUCGAUCGUGAUGCUGAACAGGCUGCACUCGACAAACAAAUAGACACAACAGUAAAAGAACUUGUUGACGAACUGAAACACGACUAUGAAAAACAACUCUUAACGUACAAAAAGGAAUUGCAGAGAUGGAAGGAUGAGGAAAAGCUUGAUGAUAUAACAACAGAUGAAGAUCCACCUAAAAAACCCAUAUACAACGUUGACGAAGAAACGCUCAAAAGCGACAUUAAAAGACAAUUCGACGAAUGUUUUAAGGCGCCUGGUGAACCAAUUUUAAAUUUUUUUCUAUCAGACAGACACGAAAUUACAAAAGACGUGACAGACGGACGUGAAAAAAUCAGACGAACAGCGGUGAAUACCACAAAAGUUUACCUGAGAGUUUUAUGCAAUAAGAUAGAAGUUUGUAAGACUGAACCUGUGGCUUUGAACGAAAGGUUUCAGUUGAAACUCGGUGAAGCUUUCAAUAUCGAAUUGAGAAGUGUGCCGAGGCAACUUACCGUGGAAAUAAUCGAACAGCCGAAGAAGUUGCACAAACGAAAAGUAUGUGAGGUCAACCUAGACAUACCCGAUAGAGAUAAUUUUAGGGAUCGUUUCGCGACGCAACAUUUCGACAGACAGGAACUCAUACAUUACAAACACGAAGGCGUGGGUAGUGGCUUAAAGUUGUCAGACACCUUGGGCGAUUUUAACUUUAAUCUCACCCUCAACGAAACCAUAAACACGUCAGGUACUUUAACCUACACAGUAAGAAGAGCACAUCUUCAUCCCACAACAGAAGAUUUCAAUUCAUUCGAUGAAGUGCUCCACGAUGUGAUCGACAAAAAUGGCACCAUAAACGUGGAAAAGUUAACCCACUGGGUUACGACAACUUCUCCAGACCCGCAAGAUCCAAGGAACUCGAUUUUAUAUGAAUACAUAACGGGCAUCGACACCGAAGUGUCGUAUAGAAAAGGGAAGACGUUCAGAUUGAGUCCUCAUAUGAGGGAUUUCCAGUUCUGCGACCCGAAAGAGUUGGAAGACAAUCUCAGAUUAACAGUAUUGCAGCUGAGGAACCAGCACGAAAUAGAGUUCGACGGAAUGUUAAUUCCGAAUAGAGUGAAGGAAAUUCCUUUUAAUAUUUUAGCUGAUUACAAAAAGAGGAUCGCGACGGAAGACCGAAUCAGCUACGAGGACGACGAUGAUGCAGACUACGAGAGGCAACGCAUCAACAGCAAGAAAUAUUUAAGGCAGAUACACAACAAGAUCUUUCAAAAGUGUAAAAGUUCAGAUUGUAACUUAUUAUAUGAAAACGUGGUUAAUGAAAAAUAUCUACCAUAUUUUGAGCAAACUGUAAAAGUAUUAAUAUCUAACUUCUUCAACUGGUUUCGUUGGAAGCCCGAAAUGCCUCAACCGUUGCCCAGGGCAAUAGGGCACAAUGUCAAGACUGAUGUGAAAGAGAGAUCUGUUCAAUACACGGAACAAGUUAAUAUAAUUUUUAAAAUAGGUUCUGGAUUUAAUUUUAAACUGAAAAGUAAUAAUAAUGUUGAAAAACAUGCUAGACCUUUCUUGAUAAUAACUCACAAUGACUUACAAGUAAACUCAUCAAUAAGUUUAGGAGAAACUCCAAUGUGGAAUGAAAUUAUUAGUAUACCAGUAGAAUCUACCCACAUUGAUUAUCUAAAUCCAAACUCACUAAAGGGUAUUAUAACCAUUAACGUAUAUAAUUCUGAAACAGAAGACUUGGAAAAUGGUGAAUACAACUGGUUGGGAUUUAUAGAUGUACCACUUGCUGCAGUGUGUUGUAACAACAACCUAUCCGGAAGAUUUAAAAUAACGGAACCACACAUCUUUCAAGAUAUUGACCACGAAAAGGACAAACUUAAAUCUAAAUCAUCCAAAACUGCCAAAGCUCCACCAGAUUUUAAAUACAUAGACAUGACUAUUACUCUAGAACCUCCAAUUCCAAAACUAACUCCAAACAUGGGUGAUUUGGCAUCGAACGACGCGCCAUACAUGCAAGAUCACAUUUUGAAAUGGAACGAGAUGUACAACACAAAUUUCCCGCAAAGAAAAUUCUCGGCUUUCGCCAUCGACGUGCACAACAGAACGAACUGCAUAACGAAAUAUUUGAAGCCGUUAGAACCGCCUCGGAUCAGCGAAACAUUGGACUUUGAGGCUGAUCAGUGUGCCAGAUUUGUGUCUUUGAUUCCGUUUACUGACUGCAACCAGUUUUAUAACAACGUCUGGCUGACCACAGAGGAACUCUUAAGCGUUUCGUUGGGGUCAAUGGUGGACCACGCUGUCGCGUUGACUUGUUAUCUAAUGGCGUUAAAAAUGGAUGCGUGGCUGUUGUUGGGGUUCGGGGUUCCUCAUGGUUCCACAGCCUAUGUUUUAGUCAGAGAAUAUCAACAGGAUGUUCCUGUAUUUUACAUAUAUGACGUUAGUUGUUGCGAAAAGUAUUUUAUUACGGACGAAAAGUGUCCUUUACAAAAGAUUUAUAGUGUGGCCAACGAAAAUAAUGUUUGGGGUAAUAUUCAAAGAGGUGAUAAUAUUCAGUUGACAAGGUUCGAUUUUAAUAAGAGAUCUGAUUGGCUGCCGUUGUUUAGUGGUGAAAUGUUGGCUCCAACAAAUUCGGUAAACUUUAAAGUAGAAUAUAAACCUAAGUUUGGUGUGGAGUAUUUGGAAAUGCACAUAGAAAAAAAGAUUAAAAAGAGAAUUUCUAAACUAAGAACAUUAAAUAGAACGAUAUGGAGACACAAUACAUCACAUUCUAUCAAGCAAAUACUCAAAACACUGGAGUUGACCACUAUGUUUGAUAAACAUAGUUCUGAUGUUCUUUCAGAGAUACUCCCAGCUUUAUCAGAUCAAAAAGUAAAUGGAUUCAUCUUAAAUAUUCCAUACAGUGAGAUUGGUACAAUUCUUAAAAUAGUUGAAAAUAGUAAAAUACAUGUACAAAAAGAUCGGAAUAUUGAAUUUGCAGUUACAGUUUAUAUUCAUUGUUAUCCUGGUCAAGUAUUAUCAAUAUGGUUAUGUGUAAUUAGUUUUGACAAUACAUAAAGGUUUACUUACUUUAAUAUAAUUAUUUUAUUUUGUGACCUAAUAUAUAAUAUAAAUCAACAUGGAUUAAUUUUUUUAAAUUUUAUACUUUUACAAUUUUGAUUAAUACAAUGAAGAUAACAAGGAAAACUAACUGUCAUGAAUAAUUAUUCAGCUCUUCGGUUUCUCUAAAGUUGUGGACCACGUACAUUGAU